UAGACUAGAGACCUGUCCAGCUUGGACCCCACCUGACAUUUUACUGAAUGAAAAAUUACAACCUGACACCACCUGCUGGGAAUAGAAUUACAACGCGGUUUUUAUAACAGGAAAUGAUUUAACUUGUGACUGAGGUAGAAGAAGGUGAAAGUACAUUCCUACUUUUCUCUAUCAGAACUCAGUCGCCAUUACAGGGUGUGACAAAUCUGCUGAAGAACACUUGUUAUUACUUUGGACAUUUUAAAGAGGAUAAGCGAAGAGACCUUAUAUUGGUGAGUCCUGCUAUUGAAAAAUUAUCUGCAACAAAUGGCUGAGAGAGCCCUUCUUAAAAAUUUCCUGAGCUGCCAUGUGUGUUCAGAGACUUUCAAAGACCCUGUGUCUCUGAGCUGCAACCACAACUUUUGUUCAAGCUGCCUGCAGAAAUUCUGGGAACAAGAUGAAAAGAAGAACUGUCCAAUUUGUAAAAAAAAAUCCUCAAAUGAAAAUCUCUUGGUGAAUUUAUCUCUGAAGGAACUGGCUGACUCCUUUGCAGGGAGACGGAAACUUGGAUCAUUGGGGACAGAAAAGGGACAAAAGAAAAAAUUCAUGGUGGUUUGCAGUAUACACACAGCAGUGCCUACAUUGUUCUGUGAGGAUGAGCAGAAAGCUGUGUGUCCUGUCUGUGAGAUUUCUCAUGAGAGUCACAAAGUGGUUCCUAUACAACAAGCAGUCAGUGACUUGAAGGAGCAGCUGGAAUCUGACUUAAAGUCUCUGGAGGACAAGAGGGACAAAUGCAAAAAAGUGGAGAUCACUUACAAUAAGAUGAUUCAACACUCAAGGAAACAGCUGCUGUUCUCCGAGAAGCAGAUCAAAGCUGAGUUCAACAAACUCCACCAGUUCCUGAGAGAGGAAGAGGAGUCCAGACUGGCAGCUCUGAAGAAGGAAGGGAAACAGAAAGAGGAGAUUAUCAACAGAGAGAUGAAGAGAACUAGGGAGCAGAUCUCCUCUCUGUCAGACAGUAUCUCAGCUGUUGAAGAAGAGCUGGAGAAAGACAACGUGCCGUUCCUCAGCAGUUAUAAACCCACUCAGACCACAGCCAGAGCUCAGUGCUCACACUCAGAUCCACAGCUGGUCUCAGGAGUCCUGAUAGAUGUGGCCAAACACCUGGGCAACCUGGCCUUCAGAGUCUGUGAGAAGAUGGAGGAGAAGGUCCACUUCAGUCCUGUCAUUCUGGACCCAAACACUGCAAACCCCUGGCUCUACCUGUCUGAUGAUCUGAUCAGUGUCAGAUGUGGACACACAAAGCAGGAUCUCCCUGACAAUCCAGAGAGAUUCAGUGAAUAUAAUGAAGUUCUUGGAUCUGAGGGCUUCAGCUCAGGGAAACACAGCUGGGAGGUGGAGGUGGGAGAUCAUCCUGAAUGGAUCAUAGGUUUAGUCAAAGAGACAGUUGGCAAGAAUGAACCUGUGUCCUCACCAGAAAAUGGAUUCUGGUGUUUAGAGCAUGGUGAUGGAAAAUACACUAAUGGUGAUGGUAAGACUGUGACAGUGAAGAAGAGUCUCCAGAGGAUCAGGGUCCAGCUGGACUAUGAGAGUGGACAGGUGUCCUUCUACAACUCUGAAGACCAGACUGAGAUCUACACCCACAGAGACACCUUCACUGAGAAACUCUUCCCAUAUUUUAGUAUCGGAGAUGCUGUUGAUGCCAAAACCACUGACAUCAAAAUCUGUCAAAGGAAGAUUAAUGUCAAUUAAUUCAGGUUUAUUACACACUUAACUGUGUUUUUCAUGUACAGCAUUGAUAACAUGUAAAAGUUAUUCAGUAUCUGAAGCUGAUGAGUUCAUUUUCACUUUUGAAAGGUUUUAAAAACUACAUCCUGACGUGAUUUUAAUUCGUUUUGUUGUUACUUGAUGAGAUCAGAAGAAACAACUGUGUUUUUAAGAUGUAUAAAGACUUUUGGUUUUUAACCUGGUCAGCAGCAUCUAACUCACUGAAUGGAUCAAAUAGGUUGUUUCUGAUUGUGUCACUUUUUUUUCCUUUUCUUGUCAUCUUAUUUUAGUUUGUACGAUAUUUUGUUAAUCUGAUAACUUACUUUAGUCUUAAACGUGUGUUAAUGGGAUUGUAGUGGUUUGAUCAAUCAAAAAUGAUUUGGUCUCUGAUUAAUUUUUUAUUUUUAUUUUUUUUCAUGCAACAAAGCGGUUUUAUUUUCUUGGGUCAUGGAAGUUGCCUAUUAAUUAUGUAAAGUGGUUUGCUUUUGUUGGAUUUGUGGAGACUCAAGACCGCAUCCUGAAUAUCCAAACAGUUUUUCCUGUUAAAUCGUCUUUCAGAUCUACCAAAUUUUCAGUUGUUUUAACUUAAUCAAAAUUUAAAAAAAAACUUUUGCCACUUAAUGUUUACACAUGCAAGGAAUUUGUUGAAAUACACAAAAACUAUUUAAAUAGAGGAUAAACUCUACUGUGCUUACAGAGGUGUGCAUUAAUAGGUAAAGUGUAAAGAUUAAAAUGUGCAUUUACAAACGAUUAGAUUGUAACUGAAUUGUUGUUGCAUGUUCUUCAAUAAAUUCUCCAGUCAUUUUGAAAA